AUGAGAUUCUCCAUAUACAUCAGUGCUUGCCUCGCACUCCUCCUCAACCAAGCCUUCGCCACAGACCAUCUCCACCACCAACACCACCACUCUCCUCGAACAGACUCCUCCCCCCUCUCCAAACGUCAACUCCCCUCCUUCGCCGAACGCAACCUCGCCACCAUCCGCGCAAUCUACAAUCUCACAGUCUACCCCAACAACGACCCCAUCGUCAAACUCGGUUCCUCCCAAGUCCCUCCAGGACUCUUCAGUCCCUCCGCCGUCGGACGAGUUUCCCCCGUCGGAGAAUUUUCUGGAUUUAACGAUUCGAUUGAAUAUUUUUUCGCCCUGGCUCCUGUCCCUUCGGAUCCGGAAUUUCAGGGUGUGGCGAUUUAUCAGGCCGAUGUUGUUGAGUUUACGUCGGGCUGUCCCGGGAUUGCGGCUAGUUUGGUGUAUUUGAGGACCGGGAAGGUGGAUCCAAAGACGGGGGAGGUGGAUUCGAGGGUUCCGGUUUCGACGCUUUCGCAGGUGGCAUUUUGGCAAUUCGAUGAAUACGGCCAAGUCGAACGCUAUCACGCCUGGAUUCCCAAUCUCGAAGCCUGGGUUCAAGCCGGCACAGGAUUUGAUUUCGGCGCAUUGUUGAUUCAAAAAUUCAUUCCCGUCUCACUAUGUCCCAUGAUUCAACAACGAUGUACAGGUCCCAAUCAAGUCUACAGCAGCGUCCUAGACUGCGCCGUCGAGCUCGAACUCAAACCCUUCGGAUCCUUCGACGAAGCGUGGGGAGAUACAGUAGCGUGUCGCGUCAUCCAUUUGAUUCUCACUCAGGUGCGACCGGAUGUACAUUGUCCACACGUGGGACCUACGGGGGGAGGGAAGUGUAGUGCGAUUGGCUAUAGUGAGGAUUAUUUUAGUGAUUGGGAAUUGUUUGGCAUUCCCGAGGGGAGUGUUUUUACCUGUGGAGGGCCUUUGACCGAUCCGAGAAAUCCGGCUGCUGUUGGUCCGUAUAGUGGGACUGAUGGGAGACCUUUGCCUGGGUCGGCUCCGCCGCCUAUACCGGAUGUGAAGCAGGCUUUGGGGCCUUUGGGUGGGCUUUUGAGUGGAGUGGUGAAGAGGAUGCCCGAGUGGCUUUGA